CUUCCGGUCCCGCUGCCCUCAGCGAAGAUGGCGGCAGUGGAGAAGCGGCGGCCGGCCGUGGCUCCGGCGGCCAGUUUCCCCGACAGCGGCCGGCCGGCGGUGUCCCGGGCAGCGGCAGCGACCGAGAGUGAGGAGGACUUCCUGCGGCAGGUCGGCGUGACGGAGAUGCUGCGCGCGGCUCUGCUGAAGGUGCUGGAGGCGCGGCCCGAGGAGCCGAUCGCCUUCCUGGCGCACUACUUCGAGAACAUGGGCCUGCGCUCGCCUGCAAACGGCGGCGCCGGGGAGCCCCCGGGCCAGCUCCUGUUGCAGCAGCAGCGCCUGGGCCGCGCGCUGUGGCACCUUCGCCUGGCUCACCACUCCCAGAGGACGGCCUUCAACAACAACGUCGGCGUGGCCUACGAGUGCCUGAGUGCCAGUGGGCGCAAGAAGAAGCCGGGGCUGGACGGGCGCACCUACAGCGAGCUGCUCAAGCGCAUCUGCCGGGACGGGGAAGCCCCCGAGGAGGUCGUCGCACCGCUGCUGCACAAGAUCCAGUGCCGGGACCAUGAGGCCGUGCCGCUGGACGUCUUCCGCGCCGGGAUGCUCACCUGCUUCGUGCUACUGGAGUUCGUGGCGCGGGCCGGCGCCCUCUACCAGCUGCUGGAGGACCCCACGCUGGCUGUGGCCGACCGCCGCGUGGGCCAGGCCGUGCUGGACACCCUGGAGGGGGCCCUGCAGGCCAGCGAUGGAGCUGCUGUGCCUGCCUGCUUCCUGGAGGCUGGCUCGCGCCUGGGCCCCGACAGCCUGGCGCUGGCCAUGGACCGCGCCCUGGUGGCUCGGCGGCCCAGCUCCCCCAUGACCCGGGAGGAGUUCCUGGAGAAGGCUGCCGCCCUCUUCAUAGCCAAGGUCAAGCCGGUGGGCUGAGCGCCCACACGCCUUCCCUGCCUCCUCCCCCUGGGCGGCU